GUCAGGAAUUCACUCCGAACCGACGGGACUGAAAGAACGAAGAAAACAAACUACCUACCAAACGGACAUAGCCGAGAAGUCCGUGAUAUCCCUCCCACCAUACGGAUUAUUUAAAUUAGAUUUACAAUUUUUCGCUGUCGAAAAGGGGAAAGAAGUCGAAAAAAUAUCCGACGAACCAGCAAAAAUUCCGGAAAGACGGCUGAGU